UCUGAUCAGAAACCGAAAAGGAGAAUCAGAAAAUGAGAGAGAGGAGUUAAAAAUGGUGAUGCUCUGCUUCGUGUUGGAUUUGCGCAGCCUGUCGCCCCCAUUACUCAACCACUUGAAGCAGUCGUUGCUGCAGCUCGCAAAUCUCUACUCCAUUUCUUCCCCAAUCAGCGAGAGAGAGCGGUUAAAGCCGCUCGGCGAUCGUAUAGGGCUAUGUUAUGUUCUUAACAAUCAAAUUUCAUUUUCUGAGCAGCUGAUAGUAGGAUACGUCCCAAAAGAGAACUUCAACCUUUGUGAUUUUCAUCAAGCUGUCAACGACCUGCCUUCUGAUGGUUUCUUGCCUGAAUUCAAUGAUUCUGGUAGUCUCUUUUGUCACAGUUUGGGACUUUCAGAAGUACUAAGUAAUGAGAUGCUAUAUUCAUGGAAGGUUCAUGGAGAAGAUGUUUCAAGAAAAGUUGUGGUUAUUAGCUCAUGCAUAGUGGAUGUGGAUUCGGAUGUAAAGAAAAUACUAAUGGAUGCUGCAGAGAAAUGUGUUUCGGUUGAGUUUCUGCUACUGGAGCAGAAAUCAUGCCGUACAUUGGCUAUCAAUGAGAAAAUUAACAAUUUUGUGGACCAAAUAUGUGACCUCAAUAAUUGUUCAUUUUGUCCCUAUAUGUCAGAACCAGAAGUUUUUCAUGGCCUGGUGAGAAGAUGGCUACAGGACUUAAAGGGUGCCAUGAAAGAACCAUUAAAAGCUCGUUUCAACUUCAAGGAUGCCAUUUUUCAAUCUGAAAACAUGCUAUGCUGUAAUUUGUUUUCAUCCAUUGAUCAGAUAGCUGAUGGGUUCAGUCAUAUUCAGACAUGCAGGUGCCAUGGCAUGCCGUUGGAUGAUUGCUCCAGAAAUAAGAGUCCAGAUUCUUCUUUUUGUCCUGUAACAGGAAAUGAUCUUAAAGAAGAUGAUGUGAACAAAAGCUCAGUGAAGAUUGGAGAAAAGACUGUUCUUUUUCUUCCCACUCCCCAAACAUAUAUUCAAUCCCCACAUGUUUCAUUUCCUGUUGACUUUCAUGUUAUUGAGAGAACUCAACUAGGCUCCCUAAGUGAAGGUUUUAUCAUGGGAUAUCCCUUUUAUGUCAUUCCAUCAGGCUUCAAUGGAUCAGAUAUUAUUGAAAAGUCAGAAAUGAACAUUCAAUUUUUUCAAGGGCUUUGUAGUUCAUUGCAUUCCUUUGACCAAGGUUUGGUUUGCUCUGCAAGUCAUAAUAUAGAAACCAUGAUGACGACUUCCUUCCAAUGCUAUUACAUUCUUCUACCUUCAGAGAAAGGGAUGAUGCUUCUCAGGCGGCUAGCAGGGUCAGAAGAAGUUUCAUCCAUCCCUUAUACGAGUCAAUUGAUAGGAACUCCAAUAAUUGAAAUUGAGAACUCCAUCCGAGCAUCAUUAUUAAAGAUAGAUGUAAGGGAUUUCAAUCCUUUACAUCAUGAGAGAGGUUUCCACCAAACACUGAACAAUUUAGUGAAAGCAAGCUUACAGUGUGGAUGGUCAACAACAUCAAAGAAAGAGGUAAUAAUAGUCGAAGAAGAUGUUAUGAUGGAAGCAGCAGCGCAUAUGAGUGAUAAAGAAAAGGCAACAGCUGAAAUUACUGAGGAAUGGGAAAAGCUAAUUGUUAGUGAAAUCCCCAAGCUAGCCUCUCCAACUUGUACUGUGAAAACAAAACUGGACUUUCCUAUUUUAUCGCAGCAGAUGGAUAGCAGCAAACAACUGGAUGAGAAAACUUCAAGAAUAUUGGAGAGACUUGAAGUUCCAAGGCAGCUGAUGAUGAAGAAGAAUGUGAUGAUUUCAUCAACUGGAACACUACAAACAUGCGAGCCAGUUAUAGAAAAUGUGACGACGUCAUCAUCAUUGUCGAGGCCCAUUGACAAGGGAAUUGUGACAUCAAGCUUACCAUUGAAGCCCAAUUUUCAAAGGCUAAAAAGGAAAAUGAGACAAUAAUGGCUAUAGACAGGUACAAUUACAACCUCUUUUUCCUCUUGUGCAAUUUCUCUGCUUUUGUUUUUACUGCUUGCGAAAUAUAAGGUUGUCUAUAGGAAAAUAGUUAGAAGCAUCCUAAUAGGAUUUCUUAUGUUAAUAUUUAGGCCAUGUUGAUAGGAAAAGCCUUAAACCGCGAAUGAAAUGCCUUGAAAUUGUUUAAGUCU